AUGGUUAGAUUCUUACGUUCUCCCAUCAUUGUUGCAGUUUUAGUUUUGAUUUUUAUACUGACUACACAGGCUCGAAUUGAUGCAUCAACACUAUGUCGCGAACCUAAUGAAAUAUUUGAAGCAUGUGGAACUGCAUGUCCCGAUACCUGUGAAGACGUUAUCAAUUCGAAUCUUAAUAAACCGUGCACACUACAAUGUGUCAGUGGUUGUUUCUGUGAAGAAGGCUUUGUACGAGAAAAUGAUGAACCAAAUAGCCGUUGUGUCAAGACAGAACAAUGUUUCUCGAUUGAUUAA